AUGGGGACUGCACAGGAGGCAGGGGUGGAGAUAUCUGAGCAUUUACUUCUCGAUUCAGAGGCAGAACGCAAAAUCAGGGUCGUCGAUGCCGAUGAUCACGAGGAGGAAAUAAUCCCCGAAUGGAAGGAGCAGAUCACGAUUCGAGGGCUUGUGGUGAGCGCUUUAUUAGGCGCUCUUUUCUGUAUUAUUACACACAAGCUCAAUCUCACAGUCGGAAUCAUUCCUUCUCUCAAUGUCGCCGCCGGUCUGCUCGGAUUUUUCUUUGUCAAGUCUUGGACCGGGUUUCUGUCGAAAUUUGGGUUUCAUGUUAAACCAUUUACUCGGCAAGAAAAUACCGUUAUCCAGACGUGUGUUGUUGCUUGUUAUGGCCUCGCCUUUAGUGGGGGAUUUGGGUCUUACUUGCUUUCGAUGGACGAGAAAACGUAUAAGUUGAUUGGGGAGGAUUAUCCGGGUAAUCGGGCAGAGGAUGUUAAGAAUCCGGGGUUGUUAUGGAUGAUGGGGUUCAUAUUUGUUGUCAGUUUUCUUGGACUUUUUAGCCUUGUUCCUCUUCGGAAGGUUAUGGUCUUGGAUUAUAAGUUGACAUAUCCCAGUGGAACUGCCACAGCAAUGUUGAUCAAUAGCUUCCAUACAAAUACUGGAGCUGAACUUGCCAGGAAGCAGGUGAGCUGUCUUGGGAAAUACUUGAGCAUAAGUUUCAUCUGGAGCUGCUUUAAAUGGUUCUUCAGUGGUAUUGGUGAUUCAUGUGGAUUUGAUAACUUUCCCAGCCUUGGAUUGACCCUGUUCAACAACACGUUCUAUUUUGACUUUAGUCCAACUUAUGUUGGAUGUGGUCUUAUCUGCCCUCAUAUAGUGAACUGCUCGGUGCUUCUUGGAGCUAUUAUAUCGUGGGGUUUUCUUUGGCCAUUCAUUUCUCAGCGUGCUGAUAGUGACAGAUCCAAGUUACUAGUGGAGCAGAGGAAAAGAGAUGCAGUUUUCCUGAAAGACGGGAUACCUUUCUGGUUUGCAGCCUCGGGAUAUGUUGCCCUAGCUGCUGUAUCUACUGCUACAAUGCCAAUGAUCUUUCCACCUCUUAAGUGGUAUUUGGUACUUUGCUCCUACAUAAUUGCACCUGCCCUUGCCUUCUGCAACUCGUACGGUACCGGGCUCACGGACUGGAGUCUGGCUUCUACUUAUGGAAAGAUUGGCCUCUUUAUUAUUGCUUCACUGGUCGGAAGCAGUGGUGGGGUCUUAGCUGGAUUGGCAGCUUGUGGGGUUAUGAUGUCCAUUGUCUCUACUGCUGCUGAUUUAAUGCAAGAUUUUAAGACUGGCUACCUUACUCUGUCAUCAGCAAAAUCUAUGUUUGUUAGCCAGUUAAUUGGAACAGCCAUGGGCUGUGUCAUUGCACCCCUCACAUUUUGGAUGUAUUGGAGCGCCUUCGAUAUUGGUACCCCCGAUAGUCCGUACAAAGCACCAUAUGCUGUUAUAUUCAGGGAAAUGGCCAUUUUGGGAGUGGAGGGCUUCUCUGAACUUCCCAAGCAUUGUCUGGCUAUAUGUUCUGGAUUCUUUGUGGCAGCUCUGGCCAUAAACCUCUUGAGAGACAUGACCCCUAAAAAGGUUUCCCAGUUCAUCCCUAUUCCAAUGGCAAUGGCAGUCCCAUUUUAUAUUGGUGCUUACUUCGCGAUUGACAUGUUUGUUGGCACCGUAAUAUUGUUUGUAUGGGAGCGGAUAAAUAGGAAGGGCGCUGAAGAUUAUGCAGGCGCCGUUGCUUCAGGUUUGAUAUGCGGUGAUGGAAUAUGGACCAUACCAUCUGCAAUUCUUUCCAUCUUCAGGAUCAAUCCACCCAUCUGCAUGUACUUUAAACCUACUUCAAGUAGCUGA